AUGAUAUUCACUGCUGGUUUCCUCGUUCUUGCUCUCUGGGGACUGUUUGGGGUGGCGACGGACGUUUCUCAUAACUCACAAAAGGUUACACUGACGCCCCGUAAAGUGCCCAAAGGACAUGUAGCUGGGUUGCGAAAGAGAGGGCUUUCGUCGUUCAGUGUCCCACUUAUAGACCAGUUUAAUGGCACCGACCUACAAUGGUACGGAAACAUUACAGUCGGAACCCCUCCACAGAUUCUUCCAGUGGUAUUUGAUACCGGCAGUUACACUCUGGAGGUUGAAAGCACCACCUGUGGAGAGCCCUGCGCGAACCAGGUCACCUUCAAUGCGUCGGCGAGUUCAACGUAUAUCGGCCUCAACCAGACUGUCACAGGCGCAUUCUCGACAGGCGGCGGCGUUGGCCCGUUGCUUUAUGACACUGAGUUCAUGCAGACAUGGCAUGCGGGCCAAGACACUGUCGGCGUUGCGGGUAUAUCUGUGCCCAAUGUGCAGUUCUAUACUAUCGUCAAUCAAACAGCUGCGUUUGCCAGUGAUCCGUAUAGUGGUAUUCUAGGGAUGUCAGCAAAAGCCCAGGGGCUGUUCCAGGGAUUGAUCGAACAGGGACUUCCUGCCAUAUUCGGGAUGUACAUUACCCCCAAAUCGAUCGGAAAUGCAGAGAUUACGCUUGGCGGCGUCGACGAAUCGAAAAUUCACAGUGAAGUUACCUGGUCUGACUUGCCGCCCAACUCUGAAGGAAAUUGGCAGCUUAACUCCUCUCAAAUCUCUGUGAAUGGGAAGACCACCACAUUCUUGGUGACUGAGCGUACCAUCAUUUUUGACAGCGGAACGAGCAACAUGUACUUUGAUCCUAACACGACCGAGGCAGUCUAUGCUCUGAUCUCGCCCGAUAUUCAGCCCUAUGCCCCGGAACUAGGAGCUUAUGGGAUCGCAUGCGACAAAAUCGACUCGCUCCCCGCUGUCCUUGACCUUACAUUCACCUCCAUCACCGGCCAGCCCUUCAACCUGACCAUUCCCAGUAGCGAGCUUAACGUGGGGCCGUUCCCUAACGAUCCGUUAACGUGUCAGACAAUGAUUAAUUCGCUCGAGGGUUUAUGGCUUGUUGGGGGGAGCAUGCUCAAGCAUUACUAUAGUAUAUGGGAUCUGACAAGUCAGAGGAUGGGAUUCGCAUCCAAUGGCGUGCCCGAAUCGGCCGGAGGUGGUGUUUUGUUAUGCAAUGCUGGUGUUGCAGCCACCUGA